AUGGGCGACCAUAUUUCGGGCCGUUUAGAGGCCCUAUUAGCGUACAUUCAAAGAAAAUAUCCAGAUGCGUAUAGGGAGUUCACAGAGGUGGACCCUGAAAUAAACCCUACCGUUUUCGAUACGGACAGCCCGGCCUCACCGAACUGUCCAAAAAGCAAUCCAUGCGACAUGGAUUGCCCGGCAAUCGGCUCGGAAGCCGAGUCAGACACGACGCCGUCCUCCUCGGACGCAGAAGAGGAUAACGACGGGUUCAAACCCGUUCUUACCAAAUCUGGUAAGAGGAAGGCGGCAAAAUCUCUUAAGGCGCCGCCGCCAAACAAAAAAAUCAUCGACCCCAGCAGCUGCGCGCGCACCUGCGGGUACACCUGUGUCCGGACCUGCGGGUCUACCUGGGUCCGCACCCAAAAAAAAUAA